CCAGUUAUAUUCAUUAUAUUUCUAAAGUUCUUGAAAGAAAUAAUAUUUUACAACAAAUGAAAGAAACAUACGUUUUUGGAAAAUCGAACUAAUUGAAAAAUAUAUUAAAAAUUAAGUUGCUACUACUCAACAAUACACACGCCGCACAACGCACUGUUAACGGGUCAACGUCCAAAGUCUGACUGAUAAUAGCGGACACUCUGAGAGCAGGCAGCAGCAGCAGCAGCAGUACGAGGUUCAAGCGAUACGGUCUAUCUAUGCGAGCAUCAUAACAACCGCGGACAACCCGUUCACAGUUGUAAAAUAUUGGCCUUUUGUAUACUUUUCAAAUAGUAUACAUAUUUUGUUCACAGCAUAUUAUCGUGUUAUUUUUUUGGAGAAAUUCGAAAUUCUACUGCUGGAUAAAUAUAAAUUUAAUAAAUAUUCAACAGCGUUAUUAGCAACCGGUGUCCUCAAUACGGGUUACGUGUGAAAUUUUUUAGAGCUGCAGCAACAAGUAACGACAACAAAGGAUUCUUACAAAUGUUUAAUCAACAACAAAAUGGAUCUGGAAGAAAGAGCAUUUGGACAGGCACACUGCAGUGGCUGGAAAAAUCAAAAAGUAUUAACGAUGUACAAACAAUUACAAGAAGUAUGCCGUGUACAGUUUUAGCAAGUUUGAAAAACGGAGAGCCAGAACUGAAAGCAGAAACGUGGCCAGAAAUUUUAAUUCUACAAUUAAUACCUAAACAUUUAUUGGGAAUUGAUAUUGUAGGUACACAUUUGAAAAACUCGAAACCAGUGUUUUUCCAACCCUCGCCUUGCGACUCAUUGGGGUCCUUAACAACAUUAAUGAGCAACGGAUAUGUUGGUUGUGUUCAUUUUAAUUGUGCUACUACUUCCCAUAACUGCGACUUCAAAAUCUUCAUUAUUUGUUACUCUCCUGAUAAAAAAGCUUUUGUGGGAUUUAUUCCAAAUGACCAAACAGCAUUUCUCGAUGUACUUCGAGAGCGUAUACAACAUAAAAAAGCGUCAUCGGUUAUGUUGGAUCAAGAAGAGGCACUUGUUGAUGAAGGAAAUGAUCCAGAAAGUUAUUUAUUUGAUAAAUGUGAACAAAAAAUUAAUGAUAAGUCGUUGGCUGCAGAAAGCAAUUUAAAAUCACCUGGUUUGGAAAAAAAAGAUAGCAAAACCAUUGGUAUGUCUGAAAAGAAAACUACUCCAACAAAAACAGUUAAGACAAAUGUUGUUGGCAGAAGACCUGGACCAAAAUCUAAAACUUGUGUACCAGUUGUAAAAAUAGAAAAAAUUGAUCCUCAGAAGAAAAAAAAUGAAGAAACAAAAAUGGAUCAAGUGGACACCAGUAACAUAACUUUAAUAAGUAAUGAAGAAAGUAAAUUGCCAAAUGAAGUAAUCACUAAUGAGAAAGUAUCAGAUUCUAAUGAAGUUGAAGACAAAGAGUCAAAUAAUGAUAUAGAGAUUUCAAAUCAAGUUGAGAGUGUAAAUGAAUUAAAACGAGAAACAGAAUUAGCUAAUGUUUCUAAUAAUAAAGAUGUUGAAGUAGAAGAUAACAAUAGUACAAAUUUGAGUGAAGUUUUAAAAGAAGAGGAAGAUAAGUUGAAAUGUGGAAAUAAUCCAGAAGAAGAGUUGAAGAAUAAAAGUUUAGAUUCUGAUGAAAACAAAGUUGCUGAAGAUAUAAACAAUGAACAAAACAGUAAUGAAAAGUCUGAAAUUAAAUCUAAUGGUAUUGACGAUGAGGAUUACAUACAAGAUGAAGAGUUGGACCAUGAGGCUGAUGAAGAAGACAUUAAAAGCAGAACUGAUGUUUUUGAUCAGAUUGAUGAUUUGGAAAAAUGUAUCCAAGAAACAAAUAAAGAUGACAAUAACGAAGACUCUAUAAACUUGACUAUUGGAGAUGAUGACAUCAAAUUAUUUGCUGAUGAGGAGGAUACAAACAUAGCAAAAGAGGACGAAGUGAACGAGAACCAAACAAAAGAAGAAGCAGCCCUGUCACCAUCCAAAGUGCGAGAAUCUCGACGUCCUACAACUGCCAUUAGUAGUAGCAGCAGCAGUAACAAAAACAUCACCACCAACAACAGCAGCAGCAAUAGCAACAACACCAGUAGAACACCAGCUGCAUCAGCCAAACUCCGUCGAAGUGCAACCGACAAGCGAUCAUCAGUCGGGGAAAAACCUCGCAGUAGCCACAAAGAUGACAACAAGGACAACAGCAAUGUUAAACCGAGUGCCAGUGUCGUCAAUGAUGAGAAAAAAGAAGAGGAGAAACAAAUAAAAGAUAAAGUGGAUGCUGGCAAUAAGCAGAGCAAUGACGCUAAGUUACAAACAGCUUCUAGUGACUCAUCAAAGAAAAAUGCCACUUCUUCCCUUGUUCGAAAUAUUUGGGUCAGUGGUUUGUCAUCUGUUACCAAGGCUACAGAUCUCAAACAGUUGUUUUCUAAAUAUGGAAAGGUUGUUGGUGCUAAAGUUGUGACAAAUGCAAAAACUCCAGGAGCCCGCUGUUAUGGUUUUGUUACACUCUCUUCAGCAGAAGACGCUAACCGAAGUAUUGAACAUUUACAUCAAACUGAACUGCAUGGUCGAAUUAUUAGUGUUGAAAGGGCAAAACGAGAUAAUGGUUAUCAGCAAUCUAUUAAAAAUACAGAUAAUUCCAAAGAAAACAAUAGUUCUGACGCAGAAAGAAAGAAUAAAAAACCUGACGAAAAGAAAGAAAAAAAAGACGAGAAAAGGGAAAAAAGACCAGAAAUUACUAUUGACGAUGGUGACAAAAAAACAGAUGUUCUGCAAGAUAAAAAACGGUCUUUAUCCAAAGAUAGAAGCCAAGAUUCAAAACGAUCAAGAAUCGUAAUUGAUAAACCAGACUCACGGAGUAGAGAUAGAAGUGUGAAGAGCAAAAGUAAUGAACGUGAUAGGGAACGACUAAGGGACUUAGAACGUGAAAGAGACCGUAUAGAACGAGAGAAAAAAAGGCAACAAGAAAUGUUAAAUUACGCAAAAAUUAAAACUGAACGAGAAAGACAAAAACAGAAAGAACACGAAAAAGCGUUAAGAGAAGAAGAGCGUAGGCGUCGAAUUGAAAAAGAACGUCAAAUGGAAAUUGAGCGUAAACAAAAGGAAGAGUCCAUACGUUUAGAAAAAGAAAGGCAAAAACUUCGAAUUGAGCGUGAGCGAAUUGAAAAAGAAAAAGCCGAAUUGUUACGCUUGGAACGUGAAAAUCAACGUUUAGAACGUGAAAGAUUGCAGAGAGAAAAAGAAGAACUGCGAAGAGCUCAAGAAAAACUUGAAGAAACUAAACGUCAAGCAGCAUUAAAGCGCGCUAUGCCGCCCUCUCCCCCUCCUCCUAUUAAGAGACAUUCAUCCUCGAGUUCCUCGCGAUAUGAUGAUAGGAAGGAGCCACCUGUACGUAAUUCUCGUGGGCCACCUCCUGCAGAAUAUAUUAGUCCAGCUGCUCCACCCCCGCCAAACAUAACUUCUUCCAGACAUCGUUAUGAAUCACACUCAGAGUCUCGUCGUACUAGGCCAUCUCCGCCACCACCACCACCUCCAGCUUCGAGGCCCAAAGAUUCUGCCGUUAGCAUGAGAUAUGGUGCUCCUCCGCCAUCUGAGCAUCAUUACAGAAGUCGUGAUGAUCGAUCAGAUCGCAGAGACGAUUCACGUAGAAAAGAAUCAAGUAGUCGGCAUGGUCAUACAUCAUAUGAUUCUAGCAAAAGUUCCUAUGGAAUGUCUCGUAGCAGUGAUAACAGCACUUGGCCAACACCACCAAUUAAAGGCUCAUUUAGUUCACUCGGAUCAAGUUCAGGGUCUAGUAGUAUGACAAUAGGUACGAGGCCUGACCCGUGGUCGACGAGCAGUAAUCGUGAAAUGGAAACCGCUGUUUGGCAACGUCCACCCCAACCACCAUCUGAUAAUCGUUGGAACACUACAUCGAGCAAUCCUUCAUCAAUGUCGUCGAUUAGUGGUGGACGUAGUUCCGGCAGCAACAGCAUGUAUGUUAAUAACCACCAGGUUUUACCACCCAAUAUUGGCAUGAAUAUAUCAACGGGGUAUACUGAUAAUAGAUUUGAUAACUACAAAAUGAGUAGCAUGUCAAGAAAAUAUUGAUGACUGUUUGGGUGAUGUAUGCAGUACAAAACAUUCCCUCUUCAUCUCUUUCUUCAUACAAAUCCGUGAGUAAAUUUUGCAGCAACAAUGACAAAUAGUUGGAUAAUAAUGUGAACUUUGUUAAAAUUUAGUUGAAUUCAGUUUUUUUUUUUUUAAUAUAAUUUUUGUUUAAGAUGCAUGUUAUUGUUGAAACACUUACAAAUUGUCUUUUUUUUUUUUAUUGUAAUAACUAAUAAGUAUAUUAUGAUUACAUUACAUAUUUUACAGUUACAUACAUUAGAUGUAAAGUAGUUUGUAAUGUUCAUACAUUUUAUACAUAAAUAUAUAUAUAUUUACCUAAGUUUAAUCUU